AGAAAAUAGUUUAUCUCGGUAACACUGUAGCAAUCGUUGAUGUCAUGGAAACUGACAGUACUACUCCGUCAACAACGAAUCUGCUACUGUGCAUUCACCUGCGCAAAAAGGGCUUCCAGUAAUCGCCGGUUGAAAACAAGAGAAGAAGCACAUCAGUACUCGAAUCUUUUGCCCGAAGCGGAUGUGUCAGAAUACUUUAUUUCUAAAUUCAACGAGUCACUUAUCAAGAAGCUGCCAGAAUGGGACGCAGCGCGUUCAACGCCGACAAUGAGACUUGUGGAAUUAGAGCGUGACCUGAGGUAUGUGCUGCGACAACAAAGAGAAGGGAAAUCUGUAUCUGAACGGAAGAAGGACGAUUUGGAGAAACAGUGGAAAGAACUGAAUUCAAAAUCAUUGCAGCUGAAGGAGGCUCUUGUCCAUUUUAACACUCUAAUAGAGGAAAAUGAAGAAAAAAGAAAAAGGUCAGAAAACAAAAUUAAAACUGCUGAAAGUAUUUCUCUUCAAUAUGAACAGGAUAUAAAGCACUUGGAAAACAAAAUACAAAGACUACAUGAAGUCGAGCGAGAACUGAAAGUACAAAUUCAGAAACUGGAGUUUUAUGAAGACUACAUGAAUGAGGUAGUCGAACAGUCAGACUUCAAAAGCAUAGACGAGUUGGUGGAGCGGCACGAGACUCUGCUAGCUGCCCGGGAAGACCUGGCUCAGCGCCAGCUUCGUGAGAUGGACAACCUGGAACAAGUCCGGACCGCUAUGCUCGACCUGGAAGAGGAACGAUUUAGUACGAUUAUAGGACUGAACAACGAGGUUUCGCAGCUGGAAAGUGAGCUCGGAGCAGCGACCGACGAGGCCCUGCGCUGGGAGAGAGUCGUGUGUCAGGUGAAGUGCACGGCCAAGGCGACGUCUGCCGAGCUCACCCAGGUUAAAACUGCGUGCUGGAACCUACAUCAGCUCAUGUCCAAGCGGAAGUGGAAGUGCUUGCAGACAACGCACGACGAAAAAGACUGGGAAGGGCAGCUCGUGGAUAUUAAAGCCAUAAUUAAAAUCACCAGGCAGAUUCUUGCAGAAGCACGAAAACUUGUUGAGGAGGAACAAAAUACCGUGGUCGCUGUUGUUGAUGAGCCCUUGCGCGGAGAGGAAACUGACGAGUGA